CUUGCACCGCUGAGCCUCAUUCAAUCCAUCUUCGUCUUCAUCUUCUCCUUCUCUCCACAAUAACAAGCUUGAAACUACACACAUUCAUUCAUUCUUUUCGUAAAAAGAAGCCGUCGAAAUUCAUCAAAGCUUCCUGCUAUUUGGAACAACUUAGUAUUAAAGCUGAAUUAACAAGUGUCAACUGGCGCACAUUGGAUGGACAGCGGCGUGGUCCACAUCCACAGGGGGGGGGACAGGUGUCCAUGGGGGGUCCAGGCUGAGGAAGAGUGCACCUCCUCGUCCCUGGAGGUGUUGAACGCGACGUGGGAGGAGGUCGACGCCGAGCCCAUGUCGCCCAUCAUUCCCAUCAUCGUGCUGGUGUACUCGGUGGUGUUCGUGGUGGGCUUAGUGGGAAACUGCCUCGUCAUGUACGUCAUCAUCAGGUACACCAAGAUGAAGACCGCCACCAACAUCUACAUCCUCAACCUGGCGGUGGCCGACGCCCUAGUGACCACCACCAUGCCCUUCCAGAGCGCCGACUACCUGCUGAGCUCGUGGCCGUUUGGCGAGGUGGCGUGCAAGGUGUUCAUCUCUAUCGACUACUACAACAUGUUCACCAGCAUCUUCACGCUCACCAUGAUGAGCGUGGACCGCUACGUGGCCGUCUGCCACCCCGUCAAGGCGCUGGACUUCCGCACACCCGCCAAGGCCAAGGUCAUCAACGUGCUGAUCUGGGUGCUGUCGUCGGCCGCCGGCGUGCCCGCCAUGAUCCUGGGGAGCACCAAGACCAACAAUGGUACGACAGAGUGCGCCCUCCAGUUCCCAGAGCCUUACAGCUACUGGGACACACUGAUGAAGAUCUGCGUCUUCAUCUUUGCCUUUGUGGUGCCAGUCAUCAUCAUCAGUGUCUGCUACACGCUGAUGGUCCUGCGCCUCAAAAGUGUCCGCUUGCUGUCAGGCUCUCGCGAGAAGGACCGCAACCUGCGCCGCAUCGCUCGCCUGGUCCUGGUGGUGGUGGCCGUGUUCGUGGUGUGCUGGACGCCCAUCCACAUCUUCAUCCUGGUCAAGGCUCUGUCGGCAGACGUGCCCGAGACAACACCGGUCAUAGCGGCUUACUUCUUUUGUGUAGCGCUGGGCUACACCAACAGCAGCCUCAACCCCAUCCUCUAUGCCUUUCUGGACGAGAACUUCAAGAGGUGCUUCAGGGAUUUCUGCUGCCCCGCCACCCGAGGGGACUGUCAGGGCAUAAGCCGGGUAAGGAGCACCCUGAGGGACCACUCAUGUCCCCCGGAGAAUCGCGGCGACCCCAGGCAGGCCAGGCCCGUAUGACUAGCGAUGGAUGCGUCCUCGCCUCACGGCCUCGGCUGGGAGGACUCCAACGACAUCUUGACCCAGAUCACCACGGCGGUCUGAGCGUCUCCUCAUCCACAUCCCAAACACAACCUCCCUUCACUGCUGCUUUUAACCUGCUUCCUCUAAUAGUGGCCUCGGCUCUAAUCCACACUGCUACUGGUCUUCUAUUAAUCGCGUGGUGCACUCAUGUGAACAAAUUCAGCGCCACACCGCAAAUAAAUGCCUCCUUUUUGGUAAAAAGUUUAAUCACUACCAUGGCUGCCACCAUGUGUUGUGAUAGACGUCUUUGCCACCUUCACAAGGUAUCUGUAAAGCUGAUGCUGAAGGCGGAGUUGAAAGAGAACGCAAACAAAGGUAUUGUAUCAUCAAAAAUAACAAUAGCAUAGGAAAGUAUAUUUAUCAGAAUACAUACUUGAUUGUACUACUGUUAUUUUUCUGAAUUAUUAUUUGUCUAGAAAAAUAUAAAAAAAUAUAUAAAAUGUGCUGUACAGUUAAACACCUGAUAUUACCUGAUGUUACUUAGUAAAGAAAUGGCCAUGGCUACUAUUUGAAGAAAUACGGUAAUUGGGAAAAGAAAUGGUUAAGGCUACAAUACUCCGUUAUUGGCUCAUGUGCUUAUUUUGGGAAUUGAUCUUUAUUAGUCAUAGACAACAAGCCAACAAACGUUUAUGAUUUACUGGAGACUGUUAGAACCGAGGGGAACAUAACAUAUUUAAUGAGGACAAAAACGAAACGAGAAAAAAAUCACAAAACCUUAAACAAAACAAACCUUAAAACAGGACAGCCGGUCACACCAGGACAAAACAAGAAGGUAGAAACUAACGGAAGCAAAAACCCAGGCUGCUGCUCAGCGUCACACCAGCAGCCAGUGAGAAGCAGCAGAGUGGCCCAGGUGCAUGACGAGCCUGCAGCGGACAAGGCAGCACGAGCAAAGCAGGGAGCAGAGAGAGCGCGAAACACACCUGCACACAUUUACAGGUGCUGCUCAAGAUAUUCGAAUAUGAACAAGACGUUUAUUUCAGUAAUAUCAGUCAAAAAGUGAAACUUGUAUAUUAUACAAAUUCAUCAUACACAGACUGAUAUAUUUCAAAUGUUUGUUUCUUUCAAUUUUGAUGAUUAUAACUGGAAACUAAUGACGUGAUAUUUAUGCUGCCCCCUGUGGCCAAAAUGCAUAAUGCAGCUUGACAAGUAGGCUCGUGUGCGUAGAUGCCUUUUUGUUUCCUAUUAACUUCUAAGGAUCAGCAUGCCUUUAAUGCAACGCUGUCACAGUAAUAUAUAUUAAUGUGUUAUAUUGUAUCAUUGUACUGUCUAUCACUUCAGUUGCUUUGUAAACAAAUACAGUGUGUGUGAUGUAAAGUCAGCGUGUGUGUUUGUGUACGGUAAAUAUGGCUGUGAAGGAAGUGCAUCCCUACUUGGAUCAUUCUUGUGUCUUAUCUGUCUUAUUCUCUCUAAAAAACUGGGAUGUACUGCUGCUAUUCACUUGGGACUCUAAAGACAGCGUUGCCAUGGUGAGUGCGCAUCCAUAAGUGUUUUUCUUUUCUCCGACAUCAAUGGCCUUGAAUGGCGAGCUUCAUGGUGCGCUGCAGAUGAUGCUUGGGACAUUAGGCCAUUCCAGCUGUGAACAUUCAUCUCAUCUCAGUUAUGUCUCUUCCACUGCAAGUCAGGCUAAUUAACUAUUGUGCAAGGCCAGUUAAAUAGAAAAGGAACCGUAUUUGCUGACUUCAACCGGAGUCAAAAUGGACUACAGUGGUGUGAAAAAGUGUUUGCCCCCUUCCUGAUUUCUUACUUUUUUUGCAUGUUUGUCACAAUUAAAUGCUUCAGAUCAUCAUACAAAUUUAAAUAAUAGUCAAUGACAACACAACUGAACACAAAAUCAAGUUUCUAAAUGAAACUUUGUAUUAUUAAGGGAGAAAAUAAUCCAAACAUUCAUGGCCCUGUGUGAAAAAGUGCUUGCCCCCUAAAGCUAAUAACUGGUUGGGCCACCCUUAGCAGCAACGACUGCAAACAAAUGUUUGCGAUAACUUGCAAUGAGUCUCUUACAGCGCUGUGGAGGAAUUUUGUCCCACUCAUCUUUGCAGAGUUCUUGUAAUUUAGCCACAUUGGAGGGUUUUCCAGCAUGAACCGUCUUUUUAAGGUCACAGCAUCUCAAUAGGAUUCAGGUCAGGACUUUGACUAGUCCACUCCAUGGUCUUCAUUUUGUUUUUCUUCAGCCAUUCAGAGGUGGACUUGCUGGUGUGUUUUGGAUCAUUGUCCUGUUGUGGAACCCAAGUUUGUUUCAGCUUGAGGUCACAAACAGUUGGCUAGACAUUCUCCUUCAGGAUUUUUUGGUAGACAGCAGGAUUCAUGUUUCCAUUUAUCACAGCAAGUCUUCCAGGUCCUGAAGCAGCAAAACAGCACCAGUCUAUCACACUACCACCAUUAUAUUUUAUUGUUGCGAUGAUCUUCUUUUUCUGAAAUGCAGCGUUACUUUUACACCAGACGUAAUGGGACACACAACUUCUAGAAAGUUCAACUUUUGUCUCGUCAGACCACAAAGUAUUUUCCCAAAGGUCUUGGGGAUCAUCAAGAUGUUUUCUGUCAAAAUUGAGACGAGCCUUAAUGUUCUUUUUGUUCAGCAGUGGUUUUGUGUCUUGGAACUCUGCCAUGCAGGCUGUUUUUGCCCAGUGUCUUUCUUACGGUGGAGUCAUGAACACUGACCUUAACUGAGGCAAGUGAGGACUGCAGUUCUUUGGAUGUUGUUGUGGGGUCUUUUGUGACCUCUUGGAUGAGUCUUUGUUGCGCUCUUGGGGUAAUUUUGGUUGGCCGACCACUCCUGGGAAGGUUCACCAGGUUUUGCCAUUUGUGGAUAAUGGCAGUCACUUUUUCACACAGGGCCAUGUAGGUUUGGAUUUUUUUUCUCCCUUAAUAAUAAAAAGUUUCAUUUAAAAACUGCAUUUUGUGUUUAGUUGUGUUGUCAUUUACUACUAUUUAAAUGUGUUUGAUGAUCUGAAACAUUUAAGUGCGACAAACAUGCCAUACAAUAAGAAAUCAGGAAGGGGGCAAACAUUUUUUCACAUUUGAUUUCUAUAUGCGGUUGGACAAUUCCAGGAAUUUUCAGAAGGAUAUCAUCGGAAUGUAUGGGAAUUACUGACAAAAUUUGCUUUUGAGCGUACAUGUUGUUUAAAAAAAAAACCCUGCAGCAUAAGCUUACCUGCUUACCUUGUGUGUUGUAUAUAUUUCAUCUAUCGUAUUCAAAUAUAAUCUGCAAAAAAAAUACAUGAAAAGAUUUUUUGAAAUUACAACCUAUAUUUUAUAUGCAUGCAUAUAUAUGCAUUAUGUUUAUUUUAUGAAGGUUUCACCUGUACAACACAAACUGACAAACAG